AACGUAGGAGUGAAAUAAAUGAUUUAUUUCUAUUCUGAGAAAGUACUAUUUUAUCAAUAUAAAAGCCCUUUACAAGAAGAUCAGUUGAGAAUGAGGGGGUUGAUCAAAUGUCCAAGCAAAUUCUUCUCCAAAUCCCAUUAUGCAAACCCUAAUUUACCAAAAGCCCAUUUCCCGUUUUGCCGCCCGCAUCUCACCCGCAAAUUUCUUUUUUUCACGAAUUCGUAAGAACAAUGAUUUUCUCAGGAUUCGCUCCAAAAUUGGUUUCAAGACGCUGACUACAUGCUCCGCCACAUCUCUUCAACCUCCGAGUUACGGUGGCUGGGACGAUUUUCCACUCGCCUCCAACUCAUUUGACUCGGGUGAGGUAAAUCAGUUCCGUAAUCUUCUUAGUUCCUCUGGAAUUGGUGAUAAGAAGUAUGUAUUUGUGUAUCUGUUUGGAUUUAUUUGUGCACUGGCAAUUUCUAGAGUCAAGGUUUCAUGGAUUAUGGUGUUUCCAGCUUGUGCUAUUGUAUUUGCCGUUGGAUUUUCAACUGGAUUGGUUAAAGGGGGUCACUUGAACGGAUUGAAAUUGAAUGGGAAUAGGAAAAAGAUAAGUGAUGAAUCUUUAAGACGUUGCAUUGACGAGUUAAAGCGGAAUGAUGCAAGGGUUUUGGAGCUAAAGAAUGGAAUUAGAAGAAGCAUUGAACACAAUCAAGUUACUCUAAGUGAUUUAGAAGGCUAUAUUGAUGUUAUAGAAUCUGUCGAUAUAUCGCUCCGAAACACAAUAAGUUUUCUAGAAAAUUGUGUGCAGAGUAUAUUGGGUGGUAAACAAGAUAAGGAGGGAGGUUUUGAUUGUGAGUCCAGUAGGAAAAGAAAGAAAUCAGGUGAAAACUGGUUGAAUUUCUCUCGGUAUUUUAAUGGCGUGUUUGGAGCUAAGCUAGAUGAUCCAAAGUCCAGUAAAAUCAGAGGCUUUAAUAAGAUGGACUUUAUGGAUGCAGCGAUGAACGAUGAAAAACUAGAAAACAUCUUAGCUUCUCCUGCCAAAGAAAGAAAUCCAACUUUUGCAUUUGGUGGAAGUUUGGAAAAUAUGAGUGCUAGUAUGUUUGAUAACCAUUUUGAUAGCUCCAGUAGAGCUCAAGAAAGUGUUGGAAAUUAUGUUGAUGAGACUGGGAUGGAGUAUAUGACUUUUGAAAAUGAGAAAAAAAAGAAUUUCAUUCAGACAAAUAAUACUGCUAAAGCAGUUUUUGACCAGACAAUCUACACUUACCAGAAUAAGACAUCAAGAUUCGUGAGCAAUCAGCAAAUUCACUUGAAAGAUUAUGAGAAUGAGAUUGAGACAAUGUCAUCACACAAUAGGUUGUACGAUUCUGUGGAUGUUAGCAUUAACAUGAACCAUCUAAAAACUUCAGCUACUUCUGGUUGCCAUCAGAAAAGCAAUACCACAGCUAGAAAUUAUUUGCACCCUGAACACACAGAAGAGGACCUACUAGAUUCCCGGAGAUAUCCUUUUGAGAAUGUGGCUUUUGAGCCUGAGAAGGUACCGCACUUUGCCGAUCAAGAGUCUUCAUAUGAGAACUCCUUUGAUCCUUCUCCAUCUUCAUCACGUGGUGAUGAUUUGAAAUUCAAUAGUUAUCUUGUGGAAGCUAAUGAUCUUUUGAAAGAAGCAAAAAGGUGCUUGACACAGCAAGUUGAUGAGGAUAGAGCCGAGCAAGCACUGCACAAAUCUGCAAUACUACUCUCAGAAGCAAUAGAAAUGAGGCCGAUGAGUUUAUUGGCCGUGGGCCAGUUGGGGAACACAUAUCUCCUUCAUGGAGAACUAAAACUGAGAAUGAGCCGGUACUUGAGAUCCCUACUUGUGAAACCUGAUCCCUUGUCAGAUGAGGAGUGGGGGAAAGCGGGUGACAAACGUGAUCGACUUGCUAACAAAGACAAGAUAAGGUCUUCUCUAGUGGGUGCUUGUGAAGAAUGUGAAGAGCUCCUGAUUAAGGCAGGAAGGAAAUACAGACUGGCCAUGUCAAUUGAUGGGAAUGAUAUGAGAGCCUUGUAUAAUUGGGGCCUUGCACUUUCCUUUCGUGCCCAGUUGAUUGCAGAUAUUGGACCGAGUGCUGCUCGUGAUGCCGACAAGGUUUUCUUGGCCGCCAUAGACAAGUUUGAUGCCAUGAUGUCCAAAAGCAAUGUUUAUGCCCCUGAUGCUCUUUUCAGAUGGGGUGCUGCAUUGCAGCACAGGGCUCAGCUAAGGCCAAGCCGCAGUAGAGAAAAGGUGAAGUUACUGCAGCAAGCGAGACAAUUGUACAAAGAUGCUCUUCAGAUGGAUUCAAGAAAUCCUCGACUACGACAAGCCCUCUCAUCUUGCACGUCUGAGUUGGACUAUUGGUAUACUUGAACAUGAAGGUAUGAUAUAUCACGACAAUUAAUAUGUUCUGUUAAUCACAUUUUCGCGCAAAUUCCGUGCUCUUCUUUCUGUUAUGGGUUGCUUUCCACCUUUUCAUUUUUAUCAUAGAAUAAUGAAUACCAACAAAUUAAAAUUUAGUGGACCACAGUAUGUAAUUCAGAUUUCUUUUUCGAAUCAUAUUUUUACCCUAGUCCACAUAUAGAAUAAGAGGACCCUGUUUGGAGUUUUCUGAUAAGCCAUUAUUGUUCACAUUUUGGUGAAUAGUGUGAUUCUGAAUAAAUGUUGUACCAUUUUCUCACA